AAGUCAACCCCUGACUCUCCUUUUUCGCAAUGGAUGUGGUACAGGCGGUGGCCGGGUCCGUCGCCAAGAUGGUCUCGGCCGGUGACGGCGCUGGUGGUGCGCCAUCCUCCAAGAUGAAGAUCCUGCUGCUGGAUAAAGACACAGUAUCGGUCGUCUCGACGGCCAUCACGCAGUCUUCGCUCCUGAACCACGAGGUGUAUCUCAUCGACCGGCUGGAGAACGCAAGCAGGGAAAAGAUGCGACAUCUCAGGUGCAUAUGCUUCGUCCGACCGUCCUCGGACUCGAUACAGUUUCUCCUGGACGAGCUGCGGGAGCCCAAAUACGGGGAAUAUCACCUCUACUUCAGCAAUGUCAUCAAGAAGUCAGCGCUGGAGCGCCUGGCCGAGGCGGAUGACCACGAGGUGGUCAAGCUGGUCCAGGAGCACUUUGCCGACUUCGUCGUCAUCAACCCAGACCUAUUCUCCAUCGAUGUCCGCCCGCCGAUGCACCGGAUAUGGAGCACGAGUCCUGAUAUGUGGAACACAGACAGCCUGGCGCGGACGACCGAGGGCCUGAUCGCCGUCCUCCUGGAGCUGAAGAAGAGGCCGCUCAUCCGGUACGAGAAGAACAGCCUCCUGGCCAAGAAGCUGGCGACCGAGGUGCGCUAUCACAUUAACCAGGAGGACCAGCUCUUCGACUUCAGAAAGGUCGACACUCCACCGAUAUUGCUAAUUUUGGACCGGAGAGAUGACCCUAUCACGCCGCUCCUGACGCAAUGGACGUACCAGGCCAUGGUACACCACCUCCUUGGGAUAGACAACGGCAGGGUCGACCUGAGCGACGUGCCAGACAUUCGACCGGAGCUGAAGGAGAUUGUCCUGUCGCAGGACCAGGACCCCUUCUUCAAAAAGAACAUGUACCUCAACUUUGGCGACCUAGGCGGGAACAUCAAGGACUACGUCGAGCAGUACCAAUCAAAGACCAAGAACAACGCCAAUAUCGAGUCUAUCACGGACAUGAAGCGCUUCAUAGAGGAGUAUCCAGAGUUCCGGAAGCUGUCGGGCAACGUGAGCAAGCACGUCGCCCUGGUGUCUGAGCUCAGCAGGAGGGUGGGUGCCGAGAAUCUGCUCGAGGUGAGCGAGCUGGAACAGAGUCUCGCCUGCAACGACAACCAUGCAGCAGAUCUGAAGAACGUGCAGCAAUUGAUCCAGUCACCAUCCGUAUCAGCGGACAACAAGGUGGUCCUGGUUGCUCUCUAUGCGCUCCGGCAUCAGAAGCACCCUUCGAACUCAGUGCCCAUGCUCGUUGACCUCCUGUCAACGGUGGGCGGAGUGCCGGCUAGGAAGGCAGACCUCGUGGUAAAGCUGCUCGCAUACCACUCAUCACUGCAGCAGUCACAGGCGGCCGGCGGGAUCACGGAUCUCUUUGAGUCCGCCGGCAUCUUUUCGGGGGCGGGGAGCAGGUUUAAAGGGCUCAAAGGUGUGGAGAACGUCUACACGCAGCACUCGCCCCUCCUCGAGACGACGCUCCAGAAUCUCAUCAAGGGCAAGCUCAGAGAGCAGCAGUACCCCUUCGUCGAGGGAGGAGGGACUACGAGGGACAAGCCGCAGGAUAUUGCCGUCUUCAUCAUUGGAGGCGCGACCUACGAGGAGGCACGGACGAUCGCAACUAUCAACGCCUCCACGCCAGGAGUCCGAUUGGUCCUGGGCGGCACGACGGUGCACAACGCCGCCACCUUCUUGGAAGAGGUAGACGACGCCGUAUCCUCAUGGCCAGAGCCUCCACUAACGACGGCGGCAGGACGGCUGCGCAAAGAGCUGGGGCGGAGGUGAAGGGGGUACUAUGGCGGUGGGUGUCUGCUGGUAGCAUCGUCCCGCAAUGGCAGUUGAGAAGUUUCAUCUGUCCAAGGGCAAGGGGUGCUGAUGGUUGGAAACCAUCUAAAACGGGAGGAACCGGAAGAAUCCACCGAGACAGAAAGCUUAAGCAUCGCAAUCGGAAGGGCGAGAGGUCCUCAGCUCUAACGAUCAGCGAAUUUAGACUCUCGGAACGGCGAUCGGACACCAUAAACUUCGGCAAAAUUCAAAUACCAUAAUAUACCCUGCAUGAUCUUGAGCAAGAGAAUGAUCUCGGGACACAUGGUCACAAGGAGGGCCGCCCGGGGGGGGGUGUCUACAGAGAAGAGCAGCAGGAGCGACAGGUUACAACAGCCAGGCCAUCGCCUCUCACCACCCCAAGACUCGAGGAUCGUACGAUUUCUCGGACCACUCCUCGGAUCGCCCAGCUAGAGUUCAUGCAUCGGCCGGCGCUGUAACGUCUCGGCAGAUUGUGUGAUCAGGCGUUCCGUCCAGAUGAGGAGGAGCAGGGAACUCAGCAGCCAUGGGCAACCUCUUCAUCCGUCCACCCCUCUCCUUGUUCCCUGCGCCUGCUAUGUCAUCUCGUGUACUUUGCAUAAAAGCUCACAAUGUGAUCUCGAGAGCGUCAUUCACUUGUCAAUGCAGGGGAGGGGAGCAGGGUGUGAUCUCACUCAAGGUGUAUCCACAUUCACAUGCUCAAGAUACUAGGACUCCAGAGCGUGGGCGUGUCGGUGUCGUAAUUCCAACAUGCCGUGCGGACUUCGUGU